GCUAGGGGCGGUGGCGCUGUCCAAUGAGCUGGACUCUACUUGGCGGGAGGUUAUAAAAAUGCCGGGCGCGCCACCUCCAGUCGUAUCGGUUCAGCAGCGGAGUGAGACGCCAUGUCUGGCCGUGGCAAGAGCGGCGGUAAGGCCCGUGCUAAGGCCAAGUCUCGCUCGUCCCGGGCUGGGCUGCAGUUUCCGGUAGGGCGCGUUCACCGACUGCUGCGGCGCGGGCACUACGCGGAGCGGGUGGGAGCUGGUGCGCCCGUCUAUCUGGCGGCCGUGCUCGAGUACCUGACCGCUGAGAUCCUGGAGCUCGCGGGCAACGCGGCACGCGACAACAAGAAGACGCGCAUCAUCCCCCGUCACCUGCAACUAGCGGUGCGCAACGACGAGGAGCUCAACAAGCUGUUGGGCGGCGUUACCAUCGCGCAGGGCGGCGUCUUGCCCAAUAUUCAGGCCGUUCUGCUGCCCAAGAAGACCAGCAAGAGGGGCAGUGGGCAGCAGUCGCAGGAGUACUAGGCAGGCCGGCCCUCCCGGCCCAACUCAAAGGCCCUUUUCAGGGCCACCCCAUUGCUCACCGGGAGAGCUGCGAUCCGCGGAGGAGGGAAGGGGACGAGAGGCGUGGCCGGCUGUGGC